AACCAAGAGAGAGUUGGACGAUUUGGCUGAGUAGGGCAACUUGGUGCUCUCUGCCAGCUGCAAACACUCAGUAAACAAAACCGAAUCGCCAAGGGAAAAAUAAAAGUCCAUUAACUGUCUGAGCCUGUUAAGGGUGAGGGGAUUCAUUUUUGAGAGGCUGCAGAGCACUUAUCUGAUGGAACGAGACCAUUAUGUGCCAUGAGGUGCAGAAGCAGCCGGCCCCGCCCCCAGCCGCCGGGUGUGGAGACCUGGGUGUGCCCGCGUGGGCUCCCGUGGGAGCCUGCAGGAGCCCGGCCGGCUGCAGGGCAAGGGAGAGCGCAGACCUGUGCCUGGACGGGAGCCCGGAUAGCGGGAAAGCGCCGGCUCACUCACCUCCCAAACUCCCGGCAAACGUCCCAAGUGUGCGGCGACUCCAUCAAGGGCAGGGGAACGGCCUAUCCCGGGGGAAUCCCGGUGCGGAGCGGCGGGACUGCCCACCUGCAGCCCCACACCGGCCCUGGGCAGCCGGGAGUGGACAGGGGAGCUGGCGGCGCCCGGGACCCCCGGCUCGGGCUCGCCCCUCCGGGCUCCCAUUGGCCGCGGGGCGGGCCGUGCCGCCCCGCUCCCGGGCCUAUAUUAGGGCAAUAUUGCCCCGGCGGGGCGCGGUGCUGCCCCGUGGGUCAUGGACCUGGGUUACUUCGCUCUCGCCUUUCCGCAGGGGCUGUGCCGUGGCGCCCCGCGGGCCCCGUACCCGCAGCGAGGGGACGACGCCUUCCUGGAGUUGGGCACCACGGCCAGCGCCGCGCCCCGGCCGCCGGCGCUGGGGUACGCGGCCGCUGCCCCCGCGGCGCCGGGCCCCGGGUACCGGCCGUCCCGGGGAGCCGGACCGCCGGCCUACGCCAGGUCCAUCCUUCCCGGGAGCGGCCGCCCGCCGCCGGACCCUGCCUGCCCCUGCCUCGGCGCGGGCGGCGGGGGGCUGCGGCACCUCUCGCCCUGCCCCGGGGCCGCCCCCGGCUCCCCAGCUCCCGCGGCGGCUCCGGCGGCGCCCCGCACCUUCGAGUGGAUGCGAGCGAAGCGGAGCCCGCCUGGGAGAAGCGGUGCGGCGCCGUGCGGGGGGGAGCCUCCCGCCUGCUCCGCACGCACCAGCUUCAGCACCCGGCAGCUCACGGAGCUGGAGAAGGAGUUUCACUUCAGCCGGUACCUGUCGCGGGCCCGCCGCCUCGAGGUGGCCCGCUCGCUGCGCCUCCGCGACGCCCAGGUGAAGGUGUGGUUCCAGAACCGCCGCAUGAAGCAGAAGAAGCGGGAGCGGGAGGCGCUGUCCGCCCCCGCCGCUGCGCCCGCGGGGGUCCCGGGCGGCCCCGCCUGAGGCUCCGCGGGGCCCGCGGGGCGGUCGGGGCUGCGCUGAAAGCUGCGGCCGGCGGGGCACCCGGGUCGGGACCGCGGCGGGGCAGUUCCGCUGCUUUUUCUGUUGCAACUUUCUGUACAGCUUUAUUUAUGAGGAUUCGGGAAAAACCCCGGCCCGGAGCGCCGCUGCUCGGUGUCGGACCGGGCCGAGGCAGCGGGCGGGUGCAGCUAGGAGUUGGCGGAGAGCGCUGUUCCUCCAAGGCAGGGCAGUGAGCGGCUCUGCCACCUCCCCUGGGUUCGGGGGGAGGUGGGUGCGUGGAGGGGCUGCUCCACGCUCCCGACCCUUUCUUCGUUUUGCAUUUAAACAGAUAGAUCCAUGGGCUCGGGCAAAGUUGGUGCAGAAGUGGGGAAACCCAGAGAAGGCAGGGCAGGGCAGAGUAGGGAAACUUCCUCUUGCAGGAACGGCUGGGGAUGGUCAUGGCAUAAGUCCAAGAUCCCCUUUUGAAAGAAGUGUCCUUGUCUUCUGCCCUGCCCUUUGCAAAAUUGCUGCAAAAACCAGGCUGGUUUUGCUUGUAUUUAUUUAUUUAUCAUUCAUUCAUUCAUUCGCAUUCUUUUUCCUGAUGUGGCUGAUUUAGUUGAAAAUCUGAUUUUGAAAGAAAAAACUGUGAGAUAAAAUUGAAAAAGAAAUAAACUCUUAGGAGGAGCAUCUAUUCCCCUUCGAACAGCAGAGGUGCUGGGAUUUCCCUUGCAGAGGCUCUGGGCAGCCCAGGACUGGCCAGCAGCAACUCUGUUGACUCCCAGUUCCCCUCACAUAUCCAAUAGAAAGUAGACAAUAGAAAGUCUCUUACAGCAUCUAGGGCCAGACUGAGUUCAUAGCUCUCUCGGUCUUCCUUAUAUCUUAUGGUUAAAAAAUUUGCAUCAUUAAAAAUCUCUUUGCAACAAGUCUCACCACAUGCCUCAAGACCAAAACCUCACCAAAAGCUCAAGACCUGUUGAAGCUCAGAAAGAUGUUUGGGUUUGACCAAGGACAAAUACUGGCAAAAGGACAAGAGGAUUCCUGGGUCUUUUACUUGGAUACUUGCACAAACAAGACUGGCAAUGUUCCCAUAGAUAAAAUAUUGGUAUCAAGGUGGACAAAGGAACGAAGAUUAGACUUUUUCCCAUUUGUGCCUGGGAAAGCAUAACAGCAAUGUGGAGAGGAAUGACAUCUGGAUUUACGUGAAGGUGAUUCUAUUUAUUUGUGGACAGGGCUUUUAUUUUGGACAAGUCUCUUUCUGCCCUGGAUUUCCACUGAGUGUUGGACUUUGGGGUGAAGAACCAAUCAGGGGACUAGGGCAGACUUUAAGGGGACCUGUAAAAUGCACUGGGUCCCUGUCUGGAAGCCAGCCCCAGACACCAACAACUGUUUGUCUUUGCUGGAUGCUUGCUGGGUAAAAUGAACACAGAGAGAAGAUGAAGAUGGAUGUCUCAAGUCAAAAAGUCUGCAACGAAGAAGAUUCUUACUUUCUGUAAUACUUUCCUUCCCCCCAGGUACCCUUCUGCUUAAGGCUUUCUUCUCAAGAGGGAUUGGGAAGCCACUGCUGAUGGAAGCUUCAGCAGAGGUUGGUGGGAACCCUGGGAAAAUACUCCCAAAAGCUGGGUAGGCAAGUUGUGAUAAGGUUGUGGCAACCAGUCCACAGCUAAACAGGGGCAGAAACCUCCUUGGCAAAGAGAUGGGGACUUCCCAAGACAGAAGGGCUUGGUCACACAUCAUAUCCUGACUGUGCUGGUGAAGGACAAUAAUGCUAGAGGCUCACGGUUGUGCAUGCACACAGGCACAUUUUGUUCUGUUAUAGAGUUAUGGUUCAUGUCCCUUGGGCUGGUUCACUUCAUGGGACAGUCCUAAAUAUUCCCAGGACUGAAGUACUCGUGUAAAACUAGCUGCAACCAAAAUAUGUGGUUUGCAGUUCUUCAUUAAAGUAAUGACACCAAACAAGCAUUUAUACUGCAGGCUGACCAUUAAUUGAAUAAGGAAAUAAAGUUUCUGCUGCUUCUUUUUUUUUAAAGGUGCUCUUUAAAGUGAAGUAAAGCAAAAUCUGGUAAAAUUAAUGAAAUUUUGAAUAAAUCAACUUUAGUUUGCAAGUUGAAUUUUAAAGCCAAGUAAACUACUAACCAGCUCUUUCUCCAGAUUUUAAGGUCCAUUUUUAUGAACUCCUCUGUUACUACUCCUUCAUUUGGGUUUUUUAUAUACUACAAAUGAGCAUAGACAUACAGCUAGAAUACCCCAUCUUUUACAGAACAUAUGUUUCACAUACAAACUUUAGAAAACAGCUGUAUUUUCAGCUGCCUCCAAAUUUACCCCAUGUCUAUGGGGUUGUUUGCUUGCCAGCCUUUUAUUUUCCUAAUGAUUUUAACAUUUGUGCCAGGCUUUUUAGGCCAGAGGAAUGCUUUCUGUACUGCUGGCACACUCCUGCACUACCAACAUGGAAAGAAUGAUCCUCAUUGAUUUCAGUGGUGCUGGAUCAGACCAUUAGAGCACACUAAGUCUUUUACAAUGAAUGUGUUUGUGACAUAUAUUUUCCUGAAUAAAUAAAUACAUGUCCUGGCCUUGUAGCAGUGCACAGUUCUGUAUCCAUCAAAAUGACACAGACUGAAUGCACAGAGAUUUACUCUGAAAUUAAGAUGAAACUUUACAACUCUUUUAUGGCUAUCUGAAUCAAUUUGGUAUAAGCACAACUAUAUUCUGUCUUAAGAACCAUUACUUAGUAUUAAGUGUAAUUUCUGCUCACAUGACAGGGCCAGUUUAAUAGGAUCUUUCUCCUCACUAACAGUUCUAGCUGUAUGAGGAUUAGAUAUUGCUCCUUUGCACUAUUCUGUCAGCAAGAUACCCAAAGGAAGGCGCUAAUGCAAGUCACGUGCCAACUCUUAAAUAAUUAAAUAAAAAUGCCUGUGAUAUCCAUGGUGCACACAUGAGACAAAUAAAUGAUAGAUAAAGUCUAGGAUUCACUCAUUUAACAUUAAUCCCAAGAGCUGUGUCUCACACAUGCUCAAUUUGAUGCCUAGCAGUUGGGAACAGGUUUUUAGAUUUGGCAGCUAGAGGUAAGAGCACAAGCUGCAGUUUUCACUGUAUUGGAACAAAAUAUUCCAGACUGGACUCAGUAGAUACCCACCACCCCAUAACUUACCACAAAUUAUGAAACUACUAUUUCCUGGCCAAUUUGUCCCCUCAACCAUCAUUAGAAACCACAGAAGGAGCAUUCUCUUUCGGUCAUAUAUUAAUUUUUGCCUACUGACUGUGGCUCAAAGGGCCCCAGGCUACAAAGGGAUAUGAAAAAAAAAAGUUUUUAUGCGUUCCCAUUUUGCCUGAAACAGAACAAAAAUAUUGAUUUGAAAGGCUUCAAAGAGGAAACGAAAUGUAAAAUUACUGUUCCUAAGUGGUAUAUGUGAAUGUAGAGAUGUUAUAUCUUUUGGCUAGGUAAAUGAUAACAGAAGAUCUCACCUCUUUGAAAACCAAGCUUAGGCAAGAACCCGGGCUUGCCUGGGUAUCUGUCUUCCCAAGUGGACCAGAUUUGGUAUGUUACUCCUUGGAACUACAGCACAAAGAUGAAUGACAGCACUUUGUGGAGGGACAAACCAACAACUCUGUUUUAUGGUAUGAGCUGCAUAUCCAGGUUUAUUUUGACCAUGCAAGUAGCCAGUAGUAAGCUAAAAACCAAAAAUAUGCAACUCAAUCCCCACAUUUUAAUCUUUUAAAAGUGUCCUCUGUUAUUGAUUGGUUCAACUUGAAACUGUGGUUUAUGCAAAUGAUGGUACAAAUUGCUAGCAGAGGAGAACAGACUAUUACCUCUUUUAAGAAAAAUCUUUGCAGACACAAAUACAAGUUGCAAACACCUCCUUGGAGUUCCAAGAACUUGUCUCUAGCAGCAAAGAAAUCAUACUUAUGAUUUGUCCUGCACUGCUCUGUUAGCCUAGUGCCAAGGAACCCCCAAGAACACUCACAAAUCCCCGAUCACUGAAGAGAAACAGGUAUGGAGAGAAACCCCAGAUGAGACAUGGCUGUUACCUGUUCAUGAGGUGACUGAAGUUUAGGGGACACACAUUCUAUUCUAUUUGCAAUAUAUGGCUACAUACAGCUAUGUGUUUAUAUGAUUCACUCAAUCUCAACCAUUGUUUUUUUGUGACUUUUCCUAAUGUCAGUGAACUAAGGAGCCUUUGGCCAAGGAAAGUCACCCUGACAAAGAAAGGUGAACCAAAUGAUAAAUUGUUGUUCUCCCUAUCAUAACAAUAUCUGUUAUUCUCACAUUCUCUACUUAACCACAUGCCUCCCCAGAUAAUUCUGGGAAAUAUAUAGGGAAAAGAUGCUUCACAGAGCCAAUGUCUUACUGUAGCUUAGCUUUAUCUGGAAGUCUUUUGCUGUUCUUGAUCGUCAGCCAAGUAAAGAAAGUAACCCUCAGCUGUAAAUCUUCCUUGGCUGUUUAAGCCAAUUUAUUCUUACACAGAGUGUUAAAAUCUCAGCUGGAGAUACAGUCCUGAGACCUUUAUUGUAAACUGGACAAGGCUUCCUUUAUACUGAAAAAAUUUAGACCACUGGUCCACAAAAGAGCUUUUCAUAAACAAUUUUGGUACUCUUGUGUUCUUGUUUCCUCAGAAGAUAACAGCCACUGGUAAUUAGCAGAUUGAAAACCAGCAGUUUAAAUAAACAAACAAACACUGGAACAAAUCCAGUCCGUUUCUUUUCUACUAGCCUAGCAGAUUUCCCAGCACCUGGAAAAUAGGUCUUUUUUACUAUGCUUCAUCAGAAAGCAUAGCGUUGCAAAUAAUAACCACCCAAAAUUCAUUUUAUUCUGAAAAAUGUGGCAUUUUUAACCAGGAUGGCAUAUCAUGUCUUUUGGAAGAGUUAACAGGUCUAUCUCAAUCAGUCUGGCCCUGACCUUAGAGUGAUACCCCUACACUGACCAACAUGGGGCACACACCUCACCUGGGAGCUCGAGCCCUUACACAGACAACAAAGACCUUUGCACUGCAUCAAUUCAUGCUGCUGUGGAUUGUUACAUUCCCCUGUGGGAAUGGUUUCUCCCCCUUCAGGGACCCCUAGAGCUUGUACCAUGUAGUUUGACCCUUCCUUCCCUUUCUGACCCCAUUGGCUGUGUUCCAACUUGCCCCACCCUGACAAGAGCUGAGAAAAGACCCUGUUCCCCUGUGCACGCCCUCUUUCCCUAUGGACACCACCUGAAAUAAACAUCUUACUGCAGCUAAGGGGGAGAGCCUCUUUUGGAUCCUUUCUCCUGUCUUUUGAUAUAGUUCUCCAGAGCCUGAGAAGGACUGAGCUAGCUUAGACCCUCGGAGGGGUUAAAAGGAAGAUUUAUUAUCAGUGGAUGAGCGUAAAAUGCCACCCAUGUGUGAAUUCAGUGGAUCAGGAGACCUGCUUCUGUGGGGCAAAAAGAACCAUUCCUUCUGCCCCUACAGCCAAUGAGAAACACCGGUAACCCAGUAAUAUGAUUUUGGUGACAUUAGUAUAGAUGAGAAUCUGAGAGC